AUGGAAGCUAUAGUAAAGAACGCUAUACAGCAAUUUUGUGAAGAAAAUAACAUCUUGCUGGAUUUUCAACAUGGCUUCCGGAGAGGCCGAUCCUGCCUCUCAAAUCUGCUAGCUUGUCUGGAGAUCUGGACCAGAGCUCUAGAAGAGGGUUUUGAGGUCGAUGUCGUGUACAUCGAUUUCCGCAAAGCUUUUGACACUGUCCCGCACCAACGUCUUCUUCACAAAUUGAGCGACAUCGGCAUCCGGGGAGAUCUUCUGAACUGGAUUAGGGCGUUUGUGGUUGGUCGGAAACAACGUGUCUGUAUCGGGGAUGAUAUGUCAGAAUCGGUGAAUGUGACCAGUGGUGUGCCGCAAGGCUCAGUUCUGGGACCAUUGCUCUUCAUCCUUUACGUUAACGAUAGCCUUCAGGAACUCGACUGCGGCACAAUAAUGUUUGCAGACGAUGUUAAGCUCUGGCAAGUCAUUAAGGGUCCGAAUGAUCAGAGAUCCCUUCAAGAUAACCUGCACCGACUGCAGGCGUGGUCGAAGAAAUGGCUUCUAGAUUUCAAUGUGGAGAAGUGUGCCGUCCUUCACCUGCGUCUAACCAACUCUCAUUGA